AUGUGUGGUGUGCCGCCACCCCUCACCAGCAAGACCCUCUUGCAAUCGCUUCUCGUCCCACCACACCUCGUCCCACCACACCUCGUCCCACCACACCUCGUCCCACCACACCUCGUCCCACCACCUCUCUUCCCACCACCCCUCGUCCCACCACCCCUCAGUCGUCCACCCCUGAGCCGUCCACCCCCCGUCCUGCCACCCCUCAACCUCGCAGCACCCCUUGGAAGUCGCUCCAAAAAAACGGAGAGUCAGGAUGGGAGGUUACUGGCAGGGCUAGGAGGGCUAGGAGCGGCGGGAGGGCUGGGAGGGCUGGGCCUGCUGGGAGGGUGGGGAAGGGGGAGUGGUGCAGGGACAAAAUGUGUGGAUGAGUGGCAAAACGCAGGUGUGGAGAGUGGUAGAGAUGGGCGGGUGGAGAGUGACAAGGGAGGGCGGCUAGAGAGGGAGGUGGCGGUGUGGGUGGAAGGGGUGUGCAGGGCAAGAGGGGAGGGCGAGUGGAUGGUGGUGAUGGCGUGUGAGGAUACGGGCGGUGGUAUUCCACCCGAGGAGAUGCGGUGGGUGCUGGAUCCGUAUGGGGGCGACCUUCACCACUCCACGUGCUCCUCUGCUGCUGAUGAUGCUGCUGCUGAUGGUGGCGGAGAUGCGGGGAAGCAUGGCAGUGCUGUCAGACAGCGCCACAGGCACCACCAUCUUGCUGGUGCUGCCCCUCUCCACACCGUCCCCCCCAACCGAACCUGGCAGCAGCAGCAGCAGCAGCAGGCAAGGGGAGGGGCAAUCCAGAGCUCGGGGGUUGUAGGGGAUGGUGUGGGCGGCAGUCUGGGCGGCGGAGUGGGCGGCGCAGAGGCGGCGGUGCAGGCGGUGGUGGCGGGGCGACGGGUGGCAGUGGUGGAUGACAACGCGGUGAACCGCAUGGUGGCGCGGCGAACACUGCAGGGCUACGGGGCUGACAUGCUGCUGCUGGCCUCGGGAGAAGACACCCUGCAGGCUCUCUCCUCGCCUCUCUCUCCCUCCACGUCCCUCCAACUACUGCUGUUGGAUCUCCACAUGCCUCCUGGCAUCGAUGGCGUGAUAGAUGCAACAGCAGCACCAGCAUCAGCAGCAGUCACAGCAAGUGAAGAGGCAAACGAGUUCACGUUCCACACGUCUCAAGAAUCAAUAGCAGCCAAUGGUCCAUACAACGACUUUGCUUUCCACACGUCUCAAGAGUCACCAGCAGCUGAGGAGGCAGCGAUCGAAUUCACCUUUCAAGCCUCUCAAGAGCCAACAGUAGCAGCUCUCAAGGCAAAGAUAGAAGAAGCGGCGGGUUUGAUAAGGGCCUCUCCCCAGCGGCUGUGCAUCAUAGCACUGACGGCAGAUCUGGAUGUUGGGGUGAAGCGAGCGUGCUUUGAGGCGGGGAUGGAUGGAGCCAUGCGCAAGCCCAUAGUGGCGCAUGAGCUGCUUGCAGCACUCGUGGACGCGGAGUUUGCAGAUGGUGAGAUAGACGAUGCGCGCGUAUUGUAG